UAAAAAAAACCCAAGAGGAAAUAGGGUUGAGCAUAAUGUCAUCAUAUUCAGUCACUUAAGCAGUGUUUCUUCAGUCAGCUACUCUGAAUGUAGUUUUAGAUGAUUAUAUACCGGUACAAGUAUAUUUAUAAGGACUUAUAACUACAGAAUUAAAAGACCAGGAUUACUGUAAAUAGAAUAAUGGAGAUGAGAGAGCAGAUUUUUGCAAAUGUUGAAGUUGCAGCAGAUAAUAGAGCUAAUUCCAGUGACAGCAAGCAAUCAAAUGAAGAUGUUGAAGACAAUUUGCAGACCCAGAGGGCUGGAAGCUUCAAGCAGUCUGGAAUCUCAGUUACAGGAAUCAACAUUGCAGGGGAGAAACUUUACAGACUGACUACAGUGUGUUUGCUGCUGCUGACUGCCAUCACAGUGCUGUGGAUCAAAUUCAGCAUCCUUAAUACAGAAAAAGCGAAGCUGGAGACCAGUCACAACAACCUGACUAAGGAGAGAGACCAGUUUCAGACCAGUUACCACACCCUGGUUAAAGAAAGAGACCAGUUACAGACCAGUUACAACACCCUGACUAAAGAAAGAGACCAGAUGCAGACCAGUUAUAACAACCUGACUAAAGAGAGAGAUCAGUUACAGACCAGUUACAACAACCUCACUAAAGAGAGAGAUCAGUUACAGACCAGUUACACCACCCUGACUAAAGAGAGAGACCAGUUACAGACCAGUUAUAACAACCUGACUAAAGAGAGAGACCAGUUACAGACCAGUUACACCACCCUGACUAAAGAGAGAGACCAGGUACAGACCAGUUACAACAACUUGACUAAAAAGAGAGAUCAGUUACAGACCAGUUACAACACCCUGACUAAAGACAGAGACCAGUUACAGACCAGGUACAACACCCUGACUAAAGAAAAAAACCAGUUACAGACCAAUUACAACACCCUGACUAAAGAAAGAGACCAGUUACAGACCAGUUACAACGCCCUGACUAAAGACAGAGACCGGUUACAGACCAGUUACAACACCCUGACUAAAGAGAGAGACCAAUUACAGACCAGUUACACCACCCUGACUAAAGAGAGAGACCAGUUACGGACCAGUUACAACACCCUUACUAAAGACAGAGACCAGAUUAGAGACCAGGUACAAACCCUGACUAAAGAAAAAAAACAGUUACAGACCAGUUACAACAACCUGACUAAAGAAAGAGACCAGCUACAGACCAGUUACAACGCCCUGACUAAAGAGAGAGACCGGUUACAGACCAGUUACACCACCCUGACUAAAGAGAGAGACCAGUUACAGACCAGUUAUAACAACCUGACUAAAGAGAGAGACCAGUUACAGACCAGUUACACCACCCUGACUAAAGAGAGAGACCAGGUACAGACCAGUUACAACAACUUGACUAAAAAGAGAGAUCAGUUACAGACCAGUUACAACACCCUGACUAAAGACAGAGACCAGUUACAGACCAGGUACAACACCCUGACUAAAGAAAAAAACCAGUUACAGACCAAUUACAACACCCUGACUAAAGAAAGAGACCAGUUACAGACCAGUUACAACGCCCUGACUAAAGACAGAGACCGGUUACAGACCAAUUACAACACGCUGACUAAAGAAAGAGACCAGUUACAGACCAGUUACAACGCCCUGACUAAAGACAGAGACCGGUUACAGACCAGUUACAACACCCUGACUAAAGAGAGAGACCAAUUACAGACCAGUUACACCACCCUGACUAAAGAGAGAGACCAGUUACGGACCAGUUACAACACCCUGACUAAAGAAAAAAACCAGUUACAGACCAAUUACAACACCCUGACUAAAGAAAGAGACCAGUUACAGACCAGGUACAACACCCUGACUAAAGAAAAAAACCAGUUACAGACCAAUUACAACACCCUGACUAAAGAAAGAGACCAGUUACAGACCAGUUACAACGCCCUGACUAAAGACAGAGACCGGUUACAGACCAGUUACAACACCCUGACUAAAGAGAGAGACCAAUUACAGACCAGUUACACCACCCUGACUAAAGAGAGAGACCAGUUACGGACCAGUUACAACACCCUUACUAAAGACAGAGACCAGAUUAGAGACCAGGUACAAACCCUGACUAAAGAAAAAAAACAGUUACAGACCAGUUACAACAACCUGACUAAAGAAAGAGACCAGCUACAGACCAGUUACAACGCCCUGACUAAAGAGAGAGACCGGUUACAGACCAGUUACAACACCCUGACUAAAGAGAGAGACCAAUUACAGACCAGUUAUACCACCCUGACUAAAGACAGAGACCAGUUAGAGACCAGGUACAACACCCUGACUAAAGAGAGAGACCGGUUACAGACCAGUUACAACACCCUGACUAAAGAGAGAGACCAAUUACAGACCAGUUAUACCACCCUGACUAACGAAAGAGACCAGCUACAGACCAGUUACAAUGCCCUGACUAAAGAGAGAGACCGGUUACAGACCAGUUACAACACCCUGACUAUAGAAAAAAAACAGUUACAGACCAGUUACAACACCCAGACUAAAGAGAGAGACCAGUUACAGACCAGUUACAACACCUUGACUAAAGAGAGAAACCAGUUAAAGAAGCAAAAUGAUGACUGUCAGAAGUUGUUAACUGGUUCGGGGUGGACUUUGUUUCAGUCCAGAUUUUACUAUAUCUCAAUUGAGAAUAAGAACUGGAUUGAGAGCAGAGAGGACUGCAGAAAAAGAGGAGCAGACCUGGUGAUCAUAAACAGCAAAGAGGAACAGACUUUUGUGGGAAAUCUCAACAAGAAGCCUGGAUAUUAUAUUGGUCUGAGUGAUCGUGACAAAGAAGGCACGUGGAAAUGGGUGGAUGGAACGGCACUGAUCACUUCGUACUGGUCAAAUGGAAAUGUCUUUUCAGAUUCGGAAGACUGUGUUGUAAAUGGUUAUGAUGGAAAUACAGGAUGGUAUGACAGACCUUGCACAGAAAAAUACUACUGGAUCUGUGAAUACAUUUCUCAGACAUAAACAUUAGACUACAGUAUCAUUACUUACAAUUACACAUAUAGCAACUGUAACCAUACUAUAUAAUCUCCUUUGAUUAUAAAAAAAAAUUCAGUCAGAUCCAGUUCAGAAUUAUUUUAUAUGUUAAAAAAAAGAUAUUAUGAUUAAAUGUAUAUGAGAAAUGUAACAUUUAAAUGGAAUGAAAUUUAUUUUCAUGAAAUAAAAUAAUAUAUACUAUAUAUUUUAACUAAAUAAUGACCAGGACCCAAUGAAGAUUUUAUAAUGUACAGUAAAGUGGAGUCCAUAUUCUCUCAACAUACAGAAGAUUAGAGCAAUAAAACAAAAAUAUUUUGACCUUCAUAAUUCAGACAACUAAAAAAAAUAUUGCUCUGAAAACGCUUUGGCAUCUGGCUGUGAAAAGUACAGCUUUACCACUGGUUAUAUUUCUAAUGCAUGUACGUUUUAUUGUUUGUGUUUGCAUUCAGUGUGCUGAAUAAAUCUAAACUCAUAUGUAGGUUUAAAUUUUACGUUGGGGAAUUUCACACUGUAUAAAACAUCAUUGUUCAAUUUGCAUAUGUGCUGAUGGUGAAUGGUUUUAUUUACAUACUCGUGAAUAAAAUAAUAAAAAUAAGUGAUUAUUUGCAAUUUUUUUUCCUGUUAUCUAUUUUUCCAUAUAUAAGAAACAAUAAAAUAAUUCAAAUAAUGAA